ACCAAACUACAGCUACAGAGCAGGAAGAAGAACUCAGUCUGGUCUCUGCUCCAUCAGCUGCUGCAUCUCUGCUGUCAUGUUCACUUUAACAUCAGAGCUGCUCCUUACUUUGUUCGCAAGUUCAUGGAUCUUUGUUCUGUGUCAAGAGACACAGGAGGUGACAGUGAAGGCUGGAGAGGACGCCACUCUUCAGUGUUACGGAGGUGUUAACAUCUCACUGAUAGCGUGGAGCAGAACUGACCUGACAGAUGAUGGUUAUGUCUUCUUCUUCAGUGACAGCCGCUCAUGGGAAGACGAGCAGCAUCCAUCUUUUCAUGGUCGAGUGAAUCUGAGUGAUCCAGAGAUGACAGACGGAGACGCUUCUGUGAUUCUGAUGAAUGUCCAAACCACUGACAAUGGAACAUAUGAGUGUUCGACUGGAGAGAAAAACAAGAAAAAGCAAGAAAAACUCAUGAUCAUCAGGCUGACUGUCACAGUCUCAGGGUUCCUCUGUGCUCCUCAGGUGAUCAGACAGGGAGACAAGCGCUCCGCAAGUAAGCGGCAGGCGCUCAAUGGAGAGUAA